UAAUAUUCUCAGUUGCUAUCUUAGCUUAAUUGGGAGUGAACGUUAUGCACACCUGAUCUCUGUGUGAUUUACACCGGUAUCAUAAUAACAUUAUCACCUGUGAAGUUCCAUUAUACCACAGAACUUUUUGUCUCUCUUAAACGGUCAUAUUAUUUAAAAUAAAGUAACAAUAAUGGCAAACAAUAGAGCAGCCAAGUCCGGUUUCGCUGCCGAAGCCCAACGCAAGAUCAACAGCAAGUACAGCGAAGAACUUGCCCAAGAGUGUUUAGAAUGGAUAAGCAGCGUCACUGGAUUACCAUUGAACACAUCUGGUGACCCAGACAACUUUUACGAAGUACUUAAGGACGGACAAGUAUUGUGCCAAUUAGCUAACACUUUGGUUCCAAACUCAAUAAAAAAAGUCAACAACAGCACAAUGGCUUUUAAAUGUAUGGAAAACCUAAACAAUUUUUUGGCCGUAGCAGUUUCUAUAGGUGUUCCUACCCAAGAAACAUUCCAGACUGUAGACUUAUGGGAACGCCAAAAUUUAAAUUCUGUUGUUAUUUGUCUGCAAUCGUUAGGCAGAAAGGGUGCUCAGUUUGGUGCUCCUAGCAUCGGACCAAAAGAGGCUGAGAAAAAUGUUCGUAACUUUAGUGAAGACAAACUUAAAGCAGGACAGACAAUAAUUAGUUUGCAAUAUGGAUCUAAUAAAGGAGCAACACAGAGUGGUAUCAAUUUUGGCAACACCAGACACAUGUAAUAAAUUAUUCCUUACAAUCAUUUCAACAAUUGUACAAGUUAUGUGAAAAUUUAUCCAUUACUAUUACAUUCCGUUUACUUUAAAUUAUUUACAAGUAUAUACCUACGCUUUUAUUUGCAGUAUUAUAAGUUUGUUAUGUUUGUAUAAUAUAUAAAACUAUAUAGUAUAUGAUUAAUUUCAAACAUAUGUGAUAAUAACAAAACAUUUAUGUUCUAAUUAUUACCAGUUGUCUAUUAUUUAGAAAAAAAACAUUUAAUUAACAUGUUCUUCUUUAUUUUUUGGUACAUAGUU